AGUCUUAUCUAAUUAAACGUUGGGAAUGAUAGGCUAAUGUAAUUUGCUGUCCGUCCAUUGCAAAAUGAAAAGAGAGUCCACUGAAUAAGUUUGUCUGGCUGAAAAGAGCUUGCACAACAUUUGAAUUUAACAUCCGAUGGCAGCUGCUUACGCCUUUGUAUCUACCAUUUCUUUUCAUGCAUCUUCGGCCUCGUCAAGGCUGUUGAGUACCAAAUGUUGCAAGCAACUCACAAGGGACUGCAAAAACAGAAACACGCAGAGACUUCUUCCCCAUAUUAAGUACUGUGUGAAAAACAUACAUUUGAUCAGAGGUCGGGGACUUGUUUCUAGUUUUUUCAAGGAAACUGGAAAGAUAACAGUGAUGAACAAGGUAAAAAGGGCUUUAUUUCAAAAUCUGGUUACUCUGCUGGGAAUUAGCGUUGUUCAUUCUGGAUUAUGCUUUUCUGAUGUGGCUAGUGCAAUCCCUCUUGUUGGAGUGGAUGAAAUGGUGGGAGGCAUCCAUGGAAUUAUGCUUGGUGAUUUGGAUCCAUCAACAGCAAAUAUCGUGAUAAAUAUAUUAAGUCCUGUGUUCUUGGCCUUCAAUGUUCUCUUCAUUGUUAGGAUUAUUAUGACUUGGUAUCCCCAACUUCCUGUGGGAAAGUUUCCAUAUGUAAUAGCCUAUGCACCCACAGAGCCGUUUCUUAGUCCUACUCGCAAGGUAAUUCCUCCUGUUGCUGGUGUCGAUGUCUCCCCUAUCGUGUGGUUUGCCAUUGUCAGCUUCUUAAAUGAAAUUCUGCUUGGUCAACAAGGACUUCUUCGUCUUAUCUCACAGCAGAAUGUUUAGUUCCAAGAUUGAACCUAUAUUUGCCACAGUUCCUACUUGAACAGCUCUUAGCCUUGGACCCUCUACUAUCUUGUACCCUUAAACUUGUAAUAUCACUAUGCCAAAUUGUUGGAAGCCCAGUAGCUCAUACGGAAGAAAUUGAAAGUUGAAGGCGAAUAUUUUCCAAAUAAGUAAAAUAAUUUCAAAUGACUCCUAGACAACAUUCUCGGUUGUAUUUUGAAAUUUCUUAAGAAGAGUUUGUACAUGAUUUCUUCACGGUAUGCUAUAUACAUGUGCAUCCUUCACAGGCAAUGAGAAUGGCCUAGCACGAAUAGCAUGACUCAUGAUGCGUAGACAAAAUGUUUGAACAAUUUAGUAAUACAAAAGAUUCUCGAUAUUAUUGCUAACAAA